GUAGAUUGGCCCAUGCACAGGCCUGCUCUGUAGCAGCUGCCGUCAUCCCAUCAGACGUGCUGAGGAUGCAGACUCUGGUGCCGGCUGAUCCCUCCACACUCUCCUCCUGCUGAUAGGCUGCGGUCUGCUUUGCUUCUGUGUGGCACCAGACAGAUGGAUGCUGUGGAUCGGGGCUGAGAUAAGCGCCCUGCCUGUCUGUCACACCGAGCUGCUGCAGCGGCGCGCACCCAGGAAAGACGUGGGUUUUUUUGUAGUCGAAAAAACUGGAAUACAGGAAUUUAGUGUCACGUUUGUUUUGCCAUUCAGCCGUUAAAGAGAAGUCCUUGCCCUGUGUCCCUACAUAUAACUAAUAUAAGACAAUGCUCCCGACGCUGCUGUCCAGAGGUGAUGUGAGCUGAGCGGGGAAGCCGCAGAGGAGCUGUCCGUCUGUCGAGGUGCUGAUGCGGCUGUGACAGAAGCGAGCAUGGCUGCCGGGAAGUUAUUGCUCUACGCUGGGCUCUCUCUUUCACUUUGCGCCCUGGGCAUGCUGGCCGUGGCGAUGUGCUCCGAUCACUGGUACGAAACUGACGCCAGGAGGUACAGGGAGCGGUGCAGAAGCUUUUCCAGUCGCCGCAAGGACCCGGGUUUCAUCUAUAUUCCGAACAACAGCCUGCCUCUUCGGGCCAGCCGAAGCAACCUGCCCCGCUGGGAGGAAAAGCUGUUGCUGGCCCGGAACCGGCGGCAGCUGUUCGCCAUGAGUGCUGCGGACGAAUGCAGCAGGCAGUAUAAUUCAACCAACAUGGGACUAUGGAGGAAAUGCCAUCGGCUGGGCUUCGACCAGGAAAUCGAAGACCUCAUCCGGAAAGGUUCCAUUGCAAGGUGUUCUUAUAUCAAGUAUCACUACUCUUCAGCUACGAUACCCAAAAACCUCUCAUACAACAUCACCAAGACAAUAAGGCAGGACGAAUGGCAUGCCCUACACUUGCGGCGAAUGACGGCUGGCUUCAUGGGAAUGGCUGUUGCCAUCAUCCUCUUCGGCUGGAUCAUUGGCGUGCUUGGCUGUUGCUGGGACCGAGGUCUCAUGCAGUAUGUGGCUGGCCUCCUAUUUCUCAUGGGAGGAACCUUCUGCAUCAUCUCCCUCUGCACUUGUGUUGCUGGCAUCAAUUUCGAGCUUUCCCGUUACCCACGUUACCUGUAUGGCUUACCUGACGACAUUGGCCAUGGCUAUGGCUGGUCCAUGUUCUGCGCCUGGGGAGGCCUAGGCCUCACCCUCAUCGCUGGCUUCUUUUGCACCCUGGCUCCAUCUGUCCAGCCAAUACCCCGGUCCACCUGCCCCAAGUCCCGACAGGAGAACGGCACUGUCUGCUAAAGAUGGCAGCUGUGACAAAACUAAGUGAUCCACAGACAGACAACAAAUCACCAGAAAAAACAAACAAACAAACAAAAAAAAAACGUUCCACGUGUUCAUCUGUCUGCUCAUCCUCACUCAAGCCUGAUUACAGAUUUGUUUUUGUUUUUUUUUUAUUUGUGUGUGUGGGUGUCUUGAAAAUAUAAGAAAAAGAACCGAAGAACUAAAAUAAUAAAAAUUCAAAGUUGUCCUUGUUAUGUUGUUGUGGAGCAGAAAAAUAAUUGGACCAUGACCAAGAAAGACUGCGAAGGAUUUACAGUCAAAGGUGGAAAGGAAGUGUGGCGAGAAAAACUAAAGAGCUGUUAACCCUAAAGGUUUUGGAUUAUGAAGUUCAUCCUGAAAAACUGCUUUUGUUAACUGGUCUUCUAACACUGUGGAGAACUUAAUGAAUCUGAGUGAAACAAUACACAUUUUUAAACUGAAACAGAGGUGUCAUGGACUUCGUUCCUCGUGGAACCUCUUGGAUGAUUGAUGAAAAUGGGACGGACCAGACAUAGAACCAUGUGACUUAUAGGGUUGGGAUCAUGUUUAGUGGCCAGUGGUUAAUUUACAGCAUUCCAGCCUCCGAGGUCUCUCCAGUUAUACGUGACAGUGGAGCAGAGAGGAGGUCCAGGAUCUCCACUGUUGUACAUUAUGUACAGAAUAUUCCAGAGAAAUGACAACCACAGAGUGUCAUGCUAGACCAUUUUCAUCUUGGUGUAGUUGCAUUCCACUCCAUCUGAUAAUCCCACAUGCUACUUAGCAUUUUAUACAUGCAUUGUACUUUUAUUUAAAGUGUAUUUUCCUUUUUACUGAACCUUUCAUGUUGUGAAUGUACCAAUAAGAUUAAGAGCAAAGUUUGUGUUUAAUUUCUUUAUUAUUGUCAUACAGGUAAAUGUGUGUGUAUGAAUGUGCGUCGAUGUGGGGAGAGAGUUUUUCAGUCUCCAUAGAAACAAAAGUUUUACCAACUCUACUGUCUUGGGUAUGUACAGAUAGAUGUAAUGGUUUAACUGAGGUCUGUCUUAUUAUGUUUUGUUGAUGGUUACAGUAGAUGUGGCAGGUGAAGAAGGGUCAUUUUAAAGAGGGCUGUGCAUUUAGCUCUGUACUCUGCUGUCCCAAGUGACUAUGCAAGGGUUAAAUAUAAAACAAAACUUCAACAAAGACCCCUUGAGCUCUUCUGAAGAUACAUCACUUAUCUAAAAGGCUUCUUCAGUUGUAAAUGACUGGUGGUGAGUAUAGUUUUUUAUUAAGACCAUCUUGGGUGGUACCCACUUGAAAUUCACACGAUUAGAGUCUGUUAGCCACUCAAUACUCAAUUGCAAUUACAGGAUGUUGCCAGAAGCUCAGAAUCAAGGCGUGAAUAGGGUGUAAAACUUUUGGUAGAGAGAUAUUAAGACUUGAAAGUGGCUCCUGGACUGAGAUUUUACUUAAUAGUGGUUAGAAACUGGUACUUUGUGAUGGUGUAUUGACUUUGAUACACCACAUUUUUGGGCUAUAAUAACAUUAAUGAUAAAAAAUAAUCAACAGAUUAGUAGAUUGAAAUAAUAAUAAUUUCUUGCAGAUUACACAUUACCUGCUGGUGUUCCUACAACGUCACUUUGUGGCUCCAUGAAUAAAUAAACUUGGACAGAACAUAUCUAUGUUUGAUGCCUCUGGAUUACAUUAGAUUUAAGUGAUGUCUCAGUCCUGUGGAGGUAGAUGCAGCCACCUUCAACCAUUAAUCGCGAAAAUGUGAUACCACCCAACUUAAUCUGAAUAACAUCUUGUCAUUGCAUUGCUGGCCAAAUACCCUUCAUGCUCAAGGUGUAAAUGAUGUUGUAUUGUAAGUUGCCGUUAUGGGGUUUCUUCCGAACUGAACUCAAGGAACCUGACUGAUAAAAUGCCUUCAAGAACGUUUAAGUUCUGCUGUUCGUUGUUUCGGCCUCGCCUUGAUGUACUAUGACCUGGAUGACUGGAAAUUUUCACAGAUAAGGUAAUCACAUCUAAAAAUUAGAGGGGAUCUGUAAAAGUCCACUAUUUCUCCGAGCACACAGCAUUUACAUAAAUUUUUUUGACAAAAAGCAGAGCCCUGACAGGGAAUUUUGCAGGGCCUCUUCUAUUUCAGAGGAUGGUAAACAGUGAGCACAAGGUUAAUAAAUUUACUUUAAUAACAGAAUCUUUCAGAACCAGUAUUUUUUUUUUCCAAGGUAACACAGGCAGUGUUUGGCUGCAGUUCAAUCAUGUACCAUACUUAUUAAUCAGCAUUUCAAUCUAUAAUGUUGGUUUACUGUAGAAUUGGCUGAAUAGAAACCAUUUCAGAUACAGAAUAAAGGUAGAAAUUGUGUGGUUGUAAAUUAAUUCAGUAAUGUUCUAGAUCAAAAUAAAGUAGUUUUGUCUUCAA